AUGUCCGAAAAUAAGAUUGAAACUUCUGUAUAUUCGAAAACAGCUGUUGAACAUUAUUCAACACCAGUUGUUAUGAAUAAUUUACAUAAUAAUGAAAGUUUUUAUUCAACACGAAGUUUAAGUUAUUCGGAUAUGGAUUUAUCACAACAACAACAUCAAGGUACUGAAGAAUUUCAUUUAUCAUCCGCAAUGAAUAUAAAUGAUAAUACUAUCCUGUGA